CUUAUAAAAUCCCACAUCAAGUACUCAAAACGCCCGGCUUCUCUUUAAACUCUCACAAAAAUUGGGAAAACUAUAAACAAGAAACAAAUAAAUAUGGGAAGGUCUCCUUGUUGUGAAAAAGCACACACGAACAAAGGUGCAUGGACCAAAGAAGAAGAUGAUCGUCUUAUUGCCCACAUCAAAACUCACGGCGAAGGUUGCUGGCGUUCCCUACCCAAAGCCGCCGGACUCCUCCGUUGUGGCAAAAGCUGCCGUCUCCGAUGGAUCAAUUACCUCCGCCCUGAUCUCAAGCGUGGCAACUUCACCGAAGAAGAAGAUGAACUCAUCAUCAAACUCCAUAGUCUCCUUGGCAACAAGUGGUCUUUGAUCGCCGGAAGACUGCCGGGAAGGACGGAUAAUGAGAUAAAGAAUUACUGGAAUACGCAUAUUAGAAGGAAACUUUUAAACCGUGGAAUUGAUCCGGCGACUCACCGGCUGAUUACCGAUAGCACUAACAACCAUCACAAUAAUAACAUUACCCCCACCGCCUCUGCCGCCACGCAUAAUGUUAAUUCUUCGCCGGACGUCACCACCACGACCAACAUAUCGUUUGCAAGUGCUGCAACUACUUCUCCUAGUACAAUCCAUCAUCUCAUUAAAAACGAACAAGUAGAAGAUGAUAUGAAACUCCGCUGUGAUUCUCCCGACCGCCGGAAUAUCAAGAACACCUCGCUGGAAAAUCAAGAAAGAUGCCCAGAUUUGAAUCUGGAAUUGAGAAUUGGCCCACCUCGUCAUCAUCAGAACAACGCCAUAUCCUCCUCAUCAUCAUACAUACAGCAACAUCAUCAUCAGUCCGUUGAGUAUUAUCAGCCAUUAAUGACCCGGAGGGAGAAAUUCCGGUGGUUCCACCAUAUGUUUUGCAUGCAGUUUGGGUAUACAGAACAGCAAGGAAUGCAGUUGUACCACAGGCCUCAAUCUUACAGGUGGUAAGAGCACUGGUUAUGAUUUCUUAGGAUUGAAGAAUGGUGCCUUGGAUUACAGAAGCUUGGAGAUGAAAUAGUUUCUCAAUUGGGUAUUUUUUAAAUCCAAUUAUUUUGUAUAUUUUUCUAAACAAUAUAUAUUUUAUAUAAUAUGUAGUGAUUUUCAUUUUGUACAAUUAUAAUAUAAUGAUAGAAUUUGUUGACAGG